AUGUUGGAGGUGGUGUGCAGUCCCAGGUCGUCUUUUGCUCUGGUGGUUGAAUCCGCUGGGCACAUGCUAGUUGGGAAUACACUGCAACCACCACACCACAGUCCUUGUACUUGUGGAUUCAAUGUCCCUGUGAGCAGAAUAUUUAUUCUUGGGUGGACAAGCCCUGGCCUGGACUGGGUGACUAAAGAAUCGCUGUCGGCAGUGGGGACCAUCGUUGGAGACAGCGUAGGCUCUUCUCAGCCAAGCUUGUGGGCAGGUUGGUGCUCAUCGCUUCUGCCAUGCGAUGCAACACCACUGUGGCACAAGCACCGCAGCACACUGGCUGACCUGGAAGCUAUUCAUGAAGGCUACUUUAUUCAACCUCCAUCGAUGCGGACAGUCGAUGGCACGAUUACCUUCACUGGCAGUGUCUGCUUCAAUGGGGGCUGA